AAGUCCAUUCUUUCCCUCAGUCUUGGCAUCACCGACCAGUAAACAUCGACGAGAGGCAGAGAGCCAGACUUUCUGUUUGUAGAGACUCCAUGGACACGAGCAUCAGCAGGUCUUUGUCUCAUUUACAAGACUGGAGCUUUGUGAAGGAAAAGAAGAGGUGAAUUCAGGGAAGUGUGUGUGUGUGCAGUUAGCUGGGACAUUCGUUCACUUUAGCACUGAGUUUGUAGGAAACAAAAAGCGCGCACCGCAAGAGGGAGCGGUUUUCUGUGUGGAUUUGGUGUCUGUUCUGGACUCUGCGUUACAUUUCAGCUCGUGGUUGAGUUGGUUGGAGCUGUGGAGCCGAAACACAGCCGGCGCUGGAGGAUGUUUGUCACUGUCCUGUUUGGAGACGGCAGGAUGGAAAUGUUAAACCUAAACUGUAAACUGGUCAACUUCAUCCAUCACCUGAAGGAAAAGUGUGGCCUGGACUUCAAAGAGCGCGUGGAGCUGAUGGACAGCGGGGGCCGCGUGAUGAACCUGGAGCCGCUGCAGCACAGCGGGGCCCCGGCCGGCAGCGUGCUGGCAGCCAGGCGGCUCUACGUCCUCCUGCGGGUCUGCCAAGGAAAUGAAGAAUCGGGGGAUUGCAAAUAUGUCUCUCUCCUGAACAACACCGAGAGCCACCCGGAGUUUACAGAACUGCUGAGGAAACUAUCAAAUCCCAACCAAGAGACAGAGAGAAAUGUCAGAAGGUUGCGGACACAGAGGAGUAAAAACAUCUCAACUGACAGGAAUAAGAAAUCUUAAAUAUUUAUAAUUUCAUUUCCUUAUUGUUCCUUAGCUUGUAAUGUUGGUUUUCACAUCAAAAAGUGAACCACCUUCUCUCACAGCAUAUUAUUAAUCAAAACCAACAGGUUAAAUGUUUCCACUGUUAGUAAUCGGCUCUGUCAACUGAUAUGUAAUGUACUGAUUUAUGUAAUGAAAUAAGUUUAUAUUAACACCAACCAAAGUGUAAUGUCUACUUUUGCUUUCAAGACGCACUCUAUGUUACAGCCACUGUUAGAUUUUCUAAACUCAGCACAUCUCCAGUCACUGCAGUAUAUUAAAGUUUUCUGCUCUCCCUCUC